CGCCACCGCCGCCGCUGUCACCAUUACUCCGCAUCCAGGCCUCCCGCGCCCCUCCUCCCCUUUGUGCAGCGCAGCCAAAGAAGCGUUGGCUGGAUUCCAGGGAGGCUCCGAUCCUGCAGCCACUUCAGUCACGUCUUCACCGCUGGCUCCGGGGCGGCCCUCGUGGCCGGGAUGCCACUGCGUGCCGUGCCAGUCGGCAGUGGACGGUGAGGCCCAGGAGGAAGGGGCCGAGUGCAGGCGUCUGAGGGGGGGCAGCCCGCACCAGGCCGGGGACAUGAACCUCUGCUGGCACGAGAUCAAACGCAAGUCGCACAAUAUCCGUGUUCGAAUAGAGGCCAUCUCGGACAACAGUGGGAAGCUGCAGCUCUCCCUGCAGGAGAUCAUCGAAUGGCUGACAGCGAAGGACGAGGAGCUGUCGGAGCAGCUGCCCAUAGGAGGCGACGUGGGGGCCGUGCAGCACCAGAGGGAGUUCCACCAGGCUUUCAUGGAGGAUGUCAAGUCUCGAGGGCCGUUCAUCUACUCGGUCUUGGAGUCCGCCCAGUCCUUCCUGGCUCAGCAUCCUUUUCAGGAGCCGGAGGAGACCCUGGCAGAAGGCAAAGAGGUGUCACCCCGCCGGCGGAUUCUGAAUGUGAGCCGCUCGGUGUGGAAGCAGGCCAAUGUGGCCAGCGACCUGUGGGAGAAGCUGACGGCACGUUGUGUCGACCGACACAGACACAUGGAGAGGACCUUAGAGCGUCUCCUCCAGAUCCAGGCGGUGAUGGAGGAGCUAGCGGUGGCCCUUGAGCAGGCCGAAGGGGUGAGAGACGCAUGGGAGCCCGUGGGAGACCUCUUCAUCGACUCCCUGCAAGACCACAUAGAUGCUACCAAGCUUUUCAAAGAAGAACUGACGCAGGUGAAGGAGGGAAUGAAGCACAUCAACGACCUGGCCCACCAACUGGCUAUUUCCGACGUUCAUUUGUCCAUGGAAAACGCUCGCGCCCUGGAGCACCUCAAUAACAGAUGGAAACUGCUACAGGGUUCCAUUGAGGAGAGGCUAAAGCAACUCCAGGACGCACACCGAGACUUUGGCCCUGGAUCGCAGCACUUCCUUUCAAGUUCAGUGCAGAUACCAUGGGAGCGUGCCAUCUCCCCGAACAAAGUGCCAUAUUACAUCAACCAUCAGGCGCAGACCACAUGCUGGGACCACCCAAAGAUGACAGAACUGUACCAAGCGCUUGCGGAUUUGAACAACAUCAAGUUCUCAGCGUACAGAACAGCCAUGAAGCUGCGGCGGGUUCAGAAGGCUCUCAGAUUGGAUUUAGUGGCACUGAGCAACCUCUCCGAGGUGUUCCGGGAGCAGGAGCUUCAUCAGGCGGAGCACGUGAUGGAUGUGGUGGAGGUCAUCCACGGCCUGACGGCGCUCUACGAGAAGCUGGAGGAGGAGAGGACCGUCCAGGUCAACAUUCCGCUUUGCGUGGACAUGUGUCUCAAUUGGCUGCUCAACGUCUAUGACAGCGCUCGCAACGGCAAGAUGCGUGUGCUGAGCUUCAAGAUGGGCCUGGUGAGCUUGUGUAACGCCGACGUCCAGGAGAAAUACAAAUAUUUAUUCCGUCAAGUGUCCUGCAACGGAGGUUUGACAGACCAGCGUCACCUCAGCCUGCUUCUCCACGAGGCCAUCCAAAUUCCUCGUCAGCUGGGCGAAGUGGCCGCUUUUGGGGGCAGCAAUGUGGAGCCAAGCGUCCGCAGCUGCUUCCGCAUGGCCUCAGGAAAACCUGCCAUUGAGGUGGCUCACUUCCUGGAGUGGAUGAGCCUGGAGCCACAGUCGUUAGUUUGGCUACCCGUACUCCACCGGGUGACUGCGGCCGAGUCCACCAAGCACCAGGCCAAAUGUUACAUCUGCAAACAAUGUCCCAUCAAGGGUUUCAGAUAUCGCAGUUUAAAGCAGUUCAACGUGGACAUCUGCCAGACGUGUUUCCUAACCGGACGCACUACCAAGGGCAAGAAGCUGCACUACCCCAUCAUGGAGUACUACACCCCAACGACUUCGGGAGAGAAGAUGAGGGACUUUGCCAAGACUCUGAAGAACAAAUUCAGAUCAAAGCAGUACUUCACUAAACACCCUCAGAGAGGUUACCUGCCUGUUCAGUCUGUGCUGGAGGCUGACAGCUCAGAGACGCCUUGCUCGUCCCCUAAGCUGCCCCAUGCAGACAUGCACAGCAGGAUUGAGCAUUAUGCCAGCAGAUUGGCGGAGAUGGAGAACCAGAAUUGUUCCUUCUUCACAGACAGCCUUUCUCCUGAUGAAAGUCUAGAUGAAGAUCAGUACCUCCUGCGUCACCCCAGCCCAGCCUUGGACCACGACUCGCCCUGCGGGCAGCUCAUGCUACUGUCUCACCUGGAGCACCAGGACAAGGAGCAGCUCCAGUGUACCCUGGCCCGCCUGGAGAAUGAAAACAGGGUACUUCAAAGCGAGUACCGGCGCCUCAAGUGGAAGCACGAGGAGGCAGCAUCGCUUCCCAUGCUGACGGAGGCCGGCGAGGGUGUGCCGGGCUCGCCGGUGGCAGGCGGCCAGCAGGACGAAGAGCUCCUGGCCGAGGCGCGUGUCCUGCGGCAGCACAAGUCACGUCUAGAGACACGCAUGCAGAUCUUGGAGGACCACAACAAGCAGCUGGAGUCGCAGCUGCGCAGGCUGCGAGAGCUGCUUCUUCAGCCCAAAGAAGAUUCCGAAGCCAACGGGUCAGAACCGUCGACUUUAUCCUCGCCCGUGUCUGGAGGGGGACACCACGGGGGUGCGGCCAGCAGGGAGACCACUGACACGGAAGCAGCAGGUGAUGACAUAGAGCACGAGCAGGACACAGUGCUGCAGCUCCAGGAGGUCAUCGAGCAACUGAGAAACGUCUUCCCCUCCGAACCGGGUGAGGCACCACGUCACACAUCUAAACACAGCCUGAACGGACACUCACACGGCCCUCGGGCAGCAGGAGCUCCGCCUGGCCCAGUUCGGGUCCCGCUCCAGCGGCCACGGUGACCGCUGUGGUAGCUAAACCCUUAACUGGACCCCUGUGCACUAACAAGCCUUUUUAUCAUGCAAACUGCAUAAGGCUGAUGUCUGUUGGGCCCAAGCAGCGCUCGCUGGUUGGCUGGCCGGCUAGUUGGCUAAGCUCCUCCGUAGCCUGCAGCUUGAAGCCGCGUCGGCCGGCCAAAGGUAAACCAGCGUCAGGGAGUUAGCCAAGUGGAGGGAGAUGCUGUGUAUGUGUGUGUGUGCAUCUGCACAGAUGUUUCAAGGUGGGAAAGGGUUUCCUAGUGGUUCUCAAACUGGGGUCCUCUGACCCUCCUGGGGUACACGAGUCAUAGCUUGGGACUGACACAAUAGUUUGCGGACGAUCAUGCGUGUCAUCAUCAUAGUAUUCCCCUAUGAUUGGAGGGAAAGGCAUAUGAUAUUAAAGUGAUAUUUUUUUCCCAAGAACAAAGGGCAUAUUUUUUAACAAUGUAGUUGUUUUAUUUUUAGAGGAUAAAGGCAUUGUUUUCAGAAUAAAAUAUGCAAAUUGAUUUUGAUUUAACAAAAAAUGACUUUCCUUGUUCACCUUUGACUUUGUCAUAAUACACACUUAUUUUGGAAAUGUGUUGUUUAAUUUUGUAGGAUUAUGCGUUUUAAUCCCAACAAAAUAAAUAAUAAAUUGUAAAAAAAUACAUGUUUUUUCCCCCA